CUUUUUUUCCUCAAUAAGUUGUGAUGGAAAAAAAACCUCCCCGUGGUUGGUAGCUCGACGUAUAUAAAUUUCAGAGGAUGUUCAGUGGCACUGCAUCGCAGCAACGAUUUUAAGAGCGAGACGAAAUGUUAAUGCAGAGCCUCAAAGAGGGCGUCCUUUCAGCCAUCCUUCUUCUCCUGGCAGCGUCGGGACAGUCGGCACAAACCACAAGCAGCACAGAGGAUCCUCUGCUUUUGAGUUCCCACAGGCCGUGUGGAAGCCAAAACCAGCACUUCUGUCUAAACGGCGGCACAUGCAUCUACCCCCAAGAUACCACCAAACCCUUUUGCAUCUGCACAUCUGGCUUCAGCGGAAAUCGCUGCCACUACGACCGCAAAGUGGACACCAUGUUCUCUCAAAGUCACAUUGCUGCGGAGCACCUCAUCUCUCUCAGCUGCGGGGCGGCCCUUCUCAUCUUCAUUCUGCUCUUCAUCACUUAUUGCGUCGUCCGCACGAGGUGCAGAAAAUCUGAAAAACAAAUGGAAUCUGCACCAACUGAGGUUACAGUGUGACAUCCUCCCGAUAUGUUCAUCAACCGUCUUCAUCGCUGCUGCAUUUUAGCAUACAUAAGAGACAUAGAAACAAACAUUUCUUUUCAUUUGCACAAAGCGACCGUCAGUAAUGUUUUCUACCAAUCACAAAACACACAAGAGUAAUGAAACGCUGUGCGAUUAUAAUUUAAAGUACAUGAAAAUGUGAGUAUUUAUUGUUAUAACUUAUUUUAUGUUCAAUGUAUUUAUUUUUUUCUAAUAAAUGAAUGACUUUUUAA